AUGGUUCAAUAUCCGGAAUUUACGCUUCGACCAAGUUGGCCGAGGACCUUGCAAGAACUCAGAUUUCUCGAACAAAUGAUAAUCAACGGAGCGGUAAACAUCCACAGAGGACGUUCCUUCGUGGUGUUCAACGGUAACUCGGUGGGCGAGAUAAACAAAUGCAACAAGAAAGUUGGCACACUUACGGCUCUCGAGGCGACGUUUCCCGGAAUACCGACCGGCGUAACGUCGAUUUUCCGAUACGCCGUCGGCAAUCUGUACUUCACCACUCGGACGCAGUUCUACAGAUUCAACGAAUUUACGAAAACCGUCACGGCUGCCG